CUCUCCAUUCGCCUCAGUCUGGCUCGACCGUCGCAAUACUACGUCGCGUACGCGCGCUACACUUGUUCACGCAACGACUCGUAUAUCGCGGCGAAAAUAGUGCGCUCGGACCGGGAAGCGAACCCGGUGAACCAGUGGUAGGUGCCAUGGUGCCCGCACUGGUGCUGAUGUUGCUGGCGGUGGCCCCGUAUGGGCCCGCCGUCGCGCGCAGGCACGCUCCUGACCUCAGAGAAGAUGAACCCGCUCGGCGUACCACGAGACCUGCCGAAUGUCAAUUCGGAAAGCAAGCUAAAGAACUGGGGUCUACGUGGUUUGCAGAUUUAGGCCCUCCAUUUGGUGUCAUGUACUGCAUCAAAUGUGAGUGUAUACCGGUACAAAAGAAGCGGAGAGUGGUCGCUAAAGUACACUGCAGGAAUAUAAAGAACGAGUGUCCUGAACCAUCUUGCGACAGUCCUGAACUUCUUCCCGGCCGUUGCUGCAAGACCUGUCCAGGGGAUACUAACUCUCCCGAUAUUGUACAAGACGAUAGCCCAACUGUUGUCAUUGAUGAAGAGGAACUGAGUAUGAAGCACUUUGGUGCUCUCCUAACUGGUCGAUCUCCUCUCUGCAUUCGGCGUGAUGACAUGACUGGUGUACCCGUAGCUGCUGGAGUGGCAACAGCUCGGUUUACUUUCCGACGACGUCAUCUCUUCUGGUCCGUAAUUUUGGGGCCAUCGAUGGUUACUCGGCCGAGAGCACUUGCGUUCUUGGAUCGAGGAGGGCGGAUGCUUCUAGAACAUCCGCUCAAAAAGUUUCAAGGGAUCCACGCUACGUACGAGGAAAAAACUGAUAAGCUCUGUGGAGUGUGGCGCAGAGUGCCUCGGGAGUACAAACGUCUGCUCCGCGAAGGCUCUUUGUACGUUGCCCUUAUAUGGGGUGACGAGCGUAAUAACUCCAUGGAUACAGCUCUAAGUGGAAGGAUUAGCAGAUAUCCAGCACUCGCAACAGAGAUGUUUACAUCUCUAUUGGAGCCAGAGCAUGCCCCGGCAUCAAUCGGUAACGGAGCUUGUGAUGAUUACCGGGUACCGGGACAGGAAGAGGGCUGGUGGGGUGGGACAGCGGUGGUGACGGGUGCGGCCGGAGCAGCACCCAGCUUACAUCUGGCUAUUGUCUUUAAUGGCGUGUUCAAGCCUGCCUCCAGAGAACAGACCAUCAAAGUAACGCUGACACUACCGGAAAAGAAUCAGACGAUUAUUGAUGAGGUGCACAAGAUGAGCAAACCCAGCUAUGACUUUAACAUCAUCGAAGUAUCUACACCUGUAUCAGCUGCAGAACUAAGAUCCCUAGCGAGAGGCAGGCUUCUGCUCUCCGUUGAAGCCAUCUCCACUCCAGAGAGAAGACUGACUGGUGUUGUCAGACAGAGAGCAGCUUGCGAGGUCUUCCAUGCGCCUCUAAUGGCUGAGCGGCUCUCGGCUGCCACCAUACCUGAAGGACUGGCGCUUUUGUAUAUUGACAAGGAGGGGUCACUGGUCUAUGACAUACAGGUCGACAAUCUGAGUAUAGCUGAUCCAAAGAUAACGUUGGUGGAAGAGCAGGGCAAGAGACACUCGCAAGUGGAAAUUCUGGAUACGAGAAUGGGAGUGCUGGCCAGACCCAGCGCGAGGAUCUUCCCCCCGCUCUAUGAAGACCAGCUCGCUGUACACAUUGGAUCUGAUACAGGUCCGCCGCUGCUUCGAGGCCGCCUCUUGUCCCGCUCGUUGCCGGACGCGGCCGGGGCCGGUCCAGCCCUCCUGAAGCGGACGGACGCCCGUCUGGCCCCUUCCACUAUCGUCGCGGGUCUCGCCUGGGUCUCUGUUGAUGCGUUGUGCGGAAUUAAUUACGAGGUUACAAUAAACGGUUACAACGGUGGCUGGUCGUCGUGGCUGGAGAGUCACGCUCUCGGAUCCUCCUCACCAAGGUCACUGUCGGGUCAGGAAGGUUCAGUGCUGGAGCCGACUCCAGCGGAACUGUCCGCUUUGCACGCAGGCGCUGCGUAUCUCAACGUACGCGCUGCGGAGAAUGGAACUGAGUUUCUGCGCACGCGACUACCACAGAUAAGUGUGCCACCAUCUUGUCUCCCAUCCGUGUCGUACGUGGUAGACAAUGAGCUCAGCCCCAAUUACCCUCCGACGCACGUCAACGUGCCUCCAGACAACUCUUUGUCCAACACCGCGUCGUGCUUCUACGCGGGUCGCUCUUAUGAAGAUGGCGCUCAGUGGAUGUCCACCGAGUCCUGCCACAUGUGUGGGUGUGUCCACGGCGCCCUCCGCUGUGAUCCCGUCCGUUGUCCCGUGGUGGAAUGCGCCACGCCCACUAUUCAGCCGCCAGGACAGUGCUGCCCGAUUUGUACAAACUCCACAACCGCGGUAUGGAACGAGUCCCACGGAUGUCACCUCGCGGGGCAGUACCACGCCCCAGGGUCCUCCUGGCAUCCGUACUUGGUACCGGGAGGCUAUGACACGUGCGCCGUCUGCACUUGCGAGUUCUCCACGCGACAAGUGAAGUGCCCCCGCGUCAAGUGUCCCAUCUUGAAGUGCGCUGAGAAAGACGCCUAUCGACCAGACAAGAAGUCUUGCUGCAGGGUUUGUCCAGUGGUGAAAGAAAAGAAGUCUGACGAAGACACGUUGAAGGAUCAAGGCACUCCGCGGACAGCGGAGGAAAUAUUGGCUGAAGGAGGGUGCAAGUUCCCAGAUGGGCCCUUACCCAACGGCAAGGAGGUCCAUCCCUCCAUACACUCACAUGGAGAACAGAGAUGUGUCACCUGCCGUUGCAAGGAUGGCGAAGUGACGUGCGUACGUAAGCGUUGCAACCGAGCCGCGUGCGCACGAAGACGACGCGGCGACGCCUGUUGCGCUUGCACUCGGCACCGCCGCCAACGCGCCCCACGUCCGCCCAGCUGAGCGCCCGACACCAACCGAGCUCAGCCGAGCGGCCGACCGGCGGAGCUCAGCCGAGCGCCCAGAGCUGAGCGUCGUUAUAGUGACCGGCUUUCUGCGCUGAGUACCUAGGCUGGGCCAAAGUGCUUAUUUUAGACUGUUGCGCUCCGAGCGCUAUAGACUGACUGUGCUUAACUCCCUACAAACAUCUGAUCAGUGUGAUUCGUUUGUGUCCUUUAGUGUAUAAGCUGUUGGAAUUCUGCAUAAGUUUAACGGACCGUUUAAACUCCGGGUUAAGCAGCGAUUAAAUACGUAAUGAAUUUGUAAUCUAAUGAUUGUAAUUAGACGGAAACGUUGUUAAAUGUUUUUUAAACCCAUAAUAAUAUUGUAAUAAUCAGAAUAUCAACAAUAAUAAUUAUACAUAUUUAGAUGAAUAGAAAUCCUCAAAUAUUUAAAGAUCAAAUUCUACUUAUAAUCAGAAGUUUGUAGGUAGUGAAGUUUAAACACUAUUUAGUGUUUUACUAAUUCGAAGUUAUAGGACGUUGCCGACUUAGCACGUAUUACCACUACACCCACUAAGGUUUAACUUAAGACGUUUACCCCGAGUUCGUUCGUGCUGACAGUUAUCACUGUAAUAACCGCCCGUUAAAGCGAACGAGGGUUUAACGGCCGGUUCAGGUUACGUUAAAUAGCUUAAGAUUAAAGACUGAUUUAUACACGGUUAGCUAUCCUUAAUUUAGGUGUUUCCGGUUACUAAAGUGAGUUUUGUUAAUCAUUGAUUAAAAAAUAAUAAUUUUCACAGUCUCCAUAUAGAAAUGUUUUGGAAUCAUUAAAGCAGCUCUAUUGUUUUUGCUGUCCACUAUAUCACUACAGAUAUUGUAUUGUUUAGAUGGUGUCAUACGGUUUUUAAGCUAUAUGUCAAAACGUAUAGAUUUACUAAACGAUUAUGUUUUAGUCAGUGUGACAUCCACUCUAUAUUGACAUGAAAUGUCAAAAAACAAAACUCAGUUAAUCCUUAGAAUAACCCUGCUGACCGGUAAAUAAUGUGUAGUAAUCCAAAUGUCUUCGAUUCCACUUAGCGCGAAUUUUACGAUAAUUAAAAAAAAACAAACUUUAAGAUCAAUUUGUCAAAUUUUUGAAAAAUUCCUUAAAUUUUACGAUCAAUUCGCCAAUAUAUAUAAUUUUUAAAUUUAUAGAUUUUCCAUAUAAUUUGUGUAGUUCCAAAGACGCCCACAGAGCGCUGGAUAAGUUUUCUAUAUACCAACAGUGAUAUUUUCACGUAACAUUCGCGCUAAAAGAAUCUAAAGCGAAUCCUUUGUUCUGUUCCGUUGUAACCCUUAAGUCGGCAAUUGAGAGCGUCUUAGCGUAAGAUGCGGCAGUCGGCCGCGCACUCGACUCAUUGCCUCCAGGCGAUUUACUUCCCACCGGUAUUUAAUUGGUUCAUGCAGAAAAUUAUAGGCGCACGCAAGGCUCCAACUAAUUGAUGGAUUUAUAACUUUAUGCUGAUUAAAAAAAAACGCAAUACAAAAAAAAAUUAAGCUAAAAAUAUUGACAGACAAAAAAUAACCUAAAAUUCAUUAAGACUUCAUAUUUUUUUAAAGACCAGUGGAUAUCUAUGCCUGAUACAAUUUGGUUGAUUUUUGGGUCUAAUACUUAAAAUUUGACCAAUAGGGUCGACAAUUAGUAUUGUAAAAAAAUUAUAUACUUCGAAUACUAUCGGCCUAUAUAGGGCCAUACAUAGUAGUUACCAAAUUCACAAUACAUAAAAACAAAUACAUAAAUAUGUCGCCAGCUUAAAUUUCAGCUUUUCGUUAGAAUUUUGAUUAUUAUUUUUUUAUUGUUAAAGAUCUUGUAUUAAUUAUUAUUAGUAAAAGUUUUAAUUCCAACAAUAUCUGGGACGUCUCGUUCAGCAGACAGAGCGCGGUCGAUGUAUAGAUGUGCCAUAUUUUCUUUAUGUAAAUAAUAAAUUAUUCUAUAUAUUAUUUAAGAAUUGUGUAUAACUUUCGACAUCGAAUCGAUGUAGGCUUUAUUGGAAUCAUCACAAUUGGAUUCAACUUGAGAAACUCAAACUUGAGUCGCCAUUUUUGUUCAGAUCCAAGUAAUUUAUUGCGCAUUUGCUUACUGUGUAACGCAGUCGUUCGCUAAAAUAUUAUUAUCCAUCUGUGUUAGGGUUUCAGAGUUGAGUAAGCUAAGUACGACUCCGGUAUGUCAACGGUGACAUGAGUCGUACUCAGCGCUGUCUCGAUUGUUCGACACCCUUUAAGUAUUAAUGAAUGUUGGCCAGAGCUUGUAAAUAGUUUAAUUUGGAAUUAAGGUAUACUUAAGUUUUACGUUUAAGCAAGCUAGUCGAAUAUGUUGAUGUGAUGGAAUCGUCUGUCGUUAGAUUACGCCUUUACGGCACUAUUAUUAAGACAUUGCCAAAAAAUUUUAAAUUUUUUUUCUAUGUCGUGUUUGUGGGAUCUAGUCCGUCGAAAUUAUGGUCACGUGGUCACUUGUAUACUGUAGAAUACCGAUCAGAUCAGUUAUUUGGUGUUAUUUUAAUUGUCUAACAUGUAGAGUAAACCCAGGGCUUGCGAAUAACAUAACUAAUGUCCUAAUAGGGUCCGAUAUUGUGCUUGCAACGCAUUGUUUUUAUAUUAUAGUUAUCCUUCUCUAGGUGUAUUGUGGGAAGAGAUAUGUUAUACAAUUUUCGGCUUCUGUUUUAAAUAUACAUAUCAGAUGUAAACUGCAUAAUGGCUGUUAAAACGGCUCGCUAUAUAUCCAACAUUGUUUUACUAUGAAAUAAAUUGUCCAAUACAAA